ACUGGGUAGAUAUAAGAGAGUGCUGAGAGAGGACAAGGACACCUGCUGACUUACACAGACAGAGACAGAGAGCUGAUUGCAACUAUGCUGAGAUUGCAGUGUGUGGUCCUGGCCUUGGUCUUGUAUUUAAAAGGUUCCCUUUCCCAGCUUGAUGUAUGUGGUCGUGCACCUUUUAACACCCGUAUUGUGGGUGGACAGAGUGCCUCAGAUGGGGUGUGGCCAUGGCAGGUUAGUUUACAGAGCCCCGCUUAUUACGGCGGCCAUUUCUGUGGAGGUACCCUCAUUAACAAGGACUGGGUUCUGACAGCAGCACACUGCUUCUCCAGCACUAAGACUUCUGGUCUGACUGUGUAUUUGGGGAAACAGACUCUAAGUGGCUCUAAUCCCAAUCAAAUUGCAAGAGGUGUUGCACAGAUAGUCCUUCACCCCAGCUAUAACAAUGCAACCCAAAACAAUGACAUCGCCCUUCUACGUCUGAACUCCUCCGUCACCUUCACGAACUACAUCAGACCAGUGUGUCUGGCAGGUCAAGGCAGCAGUUUUCCAGAUGGCACCAAUUGCUGGAUCUCAGGCUGGGGAAGCAUUGCCUCUGGAGUGCAACUUCCAUCCCCUGGUGUGCUGCAGGAGGCAAUGGUGCCCACUGUCAAUACAUAUAUUUGUGAUUUUCUACUGGGAUUUGGAUCCAUUACUGCAAACAUGAUCUGUGCUGGUUAUCUACAAGGAGGCACGGACACCUGCCAGGGGGAUUCUGGAGGUCCGAUGGUGACUAAGCAGGGUGCAGUCUGGAUUCAGGCUGGUAUCACUAGCUGGGGUAGAGGCUGUGCUCAGUCCUACUCACCUGGCGUUUAUACUCUGGUGUCCCAGUACCAGAUCUGGAUAUCCAGCAUCAUCAACCAAAAUCUGCCUGGCUUUAUCAAGUAUUAACACAGUGGGACGACCGGUGGCAGUUCUGAUGGAUCACGCAAAAUGAAAGCAUUUUAAUUUAACAACAGCAUGUAUUAUAUAACAUAAGGUGUCUAUAUGUUUUACUAUACAGGUCUAUAUUUAUUUUUUUUACUGAGAUGUAUCUAAUAAAUUAUCUAUACAUAGUCAUUGUAUUUAAGCUUUGUUGUAAUAAUGAUGAAUAUUGUGAUAAUCAUCUUGUAUAGUCCUAUAUGUACUGGGGAUUACAUAUUUUUAAUGUAAUCACUUUAAUUAACUAUUCAAAUAAUAAAAUAGUAAUUACCUGAAUAAA